AUGGGCAGCACCCGAUCGUUCGCGCGGCCUCGUGGCGUCGAGCGCCCCCAGCAGCGGCCGAGGCUACUCGUCGUCCUGGUCGCUGCCGCACUCUUGAGCGCUUGUCACUCGCUGCGUGUAGCCACGUCAAAACCUCCGGCCACACUGGCACCCGAGAGCGUCGUCGAGCCGCAGGAAGGGGCCUUUGCUACCAUCAUGUAUGACCACGGAGAAGACAGCGAGGCGCUAUUGCUGGCCACGCGCGUGCUCAUGCGCAGUGUCAAGGACUCGGGCACCCAGUACCGCCGCCUGGUGAUCGUGCCGCAGGAUGGCCUGCAGGCGAGCAGCGAGAAGACGCUCAAGGAUGACGAUCCGGACGUGGAGAUCGUGCGCACGUCGAUCCCCAACGUGUUUCGGCACAUGCCGCUGACCGAUCAGCGCACGCAGCUGCUGCACAUGCGGAACAAACUCGUGAUCUGGGACGACCCACAAAUCUCGUCGCUCAAGCGCGUGGUGUACCUGGAUCCAGAAAACCUGGUGCUGCGCAACUUGGACGAGAUCUUUGCCUGCCAUGAGUUAUGUGCCGUGGAUAAUGGGCAGUCGGUCGUGUACUCGAAUGGACUGCUCGUGAUUUCUCCCGAGUGUCUGGCGGCGCGGAACUUGUACUCGGAUGCUAUCGAUGGCUUUAUGAUCACGGGCCGCGACUACAACUACAUUGGUAUCAUCCAGGGCUUCAUCCCGGGCCUUUUUGAAGCAUUUGAGGAGAGUCCACUGUUUUUCCUCGAUUGGGAUAAUGACAAGAACAGAGAAGAAAGUGAUGGAGCAGACGAUGCCGAUGACACGGAGGAUAAAGAGGACAGUUCUAUCGUCCACCGGCUGCCCUUCUACUACAGUAUCAACCACAUGGUCUUCUAUGAACGCAUGAACUGGGACCUCUACAAAUGCAAAGAAAGAAAUCUGGCUACCGGAGACAUUCCUGGUCCAUUGCUGAGCUACAAGUAUAGUGGAGCUACGCUCAAGCCGUGGUUUUGGCUACCGUAUGUCUACUUCCAGGUAUUUUGGCACUGGCAGGACGUGCGUGGCCGCCUUAACGAGAACCACUUCGGCUUCUUUCUUGGCAAAUUGAUGUCAUCCUUUGUGAUUGCUGCUUUCGUCUGGUUCGCCUACGUUUCACUGUGCUUGAGGCUGUUUACCGAGCCUAGUGGACGCCCGAGACGUUUAUCAAGCUCGGAAGUACCUACGCCUGGUAACGCCCAGCCGCUGUUCGUCGAUGUGUUCAACUCGCGUGCAGUGCGUCGAGCAUGCCAGUUUUCGUGCAACGUGCUAUACGCCGUAGCAUCCAUGCCCCUAGUGUCGGCCGUCUCGAUCGUCGCGCUGCUUACCUGGUGCAGCAUUCAGGCAAUCCCCACCACGAUGCAGCCUAGCUACGCGGGCAAGCUCUGGCUGAUCGUGCACGAUCUGAUGCUAACCACAGUGCUGCUCAUAUUCGCAGUAGCGCACACGCUGCGUACUGUCCAUUGGAAAAUAGACGAAGUGCCUGCAACUUCAGACCUGUUGGUGGGUGGAGUCUGGUGGUGUCUGAAGAAGCUGCCGCUGUUGGUGUUGGCGCAGCUCCAGUACUUGUACGUGAUCGGGCGGACUGAUUGGUUCCAAGACCCGGUGCUUCGUAUAGUGAUGAUCAGCUUCUUUUUCGCCAUUGCUAUCUGCGUGGAAGGCCGUAUCCUUGUGGUUGAGAUGCAUCGCGUCACGCGGAACUGA